AUGACUACAGAUCUAGAUCAUUCCGUCUCUUCCGCCAUCUCGGCAUCUUCUCCACAGUUCCACUCGCAGGACACGCGCCUUGUCCGUGAAUCGCGCCUGGCUCCUUCACUACUUUUGUCCUCUCCGCCGUCAGGAGACUCUAGUCCGUCGACCGCUGGUUCCCCCGGUCAACGAACCUCUCCGCGGAGCAUCACCCUUGAGCCCCCGCCUCUCCCAUUUUUAUCCUCAUAUCGCGCAACUGAAGAAUCCCGGGCCUCCUCGCCGGUCAAUCGCAAGGCGGAAAGCAGCAUAUACUACACCACCACGUGGGGUUCCCCGUAUGCAGCACCUAGCACUCGGAGACUCUCAGUGACAAACAGCCAACACGAAUUCACUGGGGUCGACGACGCAUCUGGUCCCAACUCACCCGUCUCGUCAGUAGCUAAGCGCACCGAGUUCCGGAGAUCGAGUGCCGCCAACGACGACACACUUGAACCCGUGGACCGCGAUAUCGUCGCCAACAACGGGGAUAAAUCGAUCCGGGAAUUUACGCAGGAUUGGAUCAAUCAGUACCUUACCGGUCAACCUAGAACGGAGCGCAGCAAUUGGCUCAGCGACGACUCGGGAAGUGAAGCACCGUCGUUCAUCACUGCGAGGAAUCACUUUGCCGACGACGCUUCGGACGACUGGCUUGGUCUGGAAGACGACUUUCGCUCAGAGGAUCUGUUGAAAACACCAACGCUGUCUGAUUUCGUCGGGAAAAAAGCCGUGCGUGCAAAGGUCAACAAAACUCUGCACAAACGCGCUGACACCCUGCGACAGGAGGACUUUUGGGGGUUCGCGUACGAUAAAGAUCCCCCACAAAACAACAUGUCCGACUUAAAGACACCAACCGUCGAGGUAAAUUCGCCGGUAUCGCCAGUGGAGAAGCCGUUACCUCCUCCACCCACAAACGCGACGGAAGACACGCCGAAAUUGGAAGACCCAUUCGACCCGGUUCCAUUAAAAACACAGGUCUCCGAUAUCAGCCAAUCAGCCAGCCCGGCCCCACGGCAGAGAAAGAAGCUGAAUUGGCGUGGGAAAGCCUGCAUCAUUGAGCUGCCACAUGUUGAUAAGAGAGGCUCGGGACCUGAAUAUCGUCUCCUAACACCGGCCGACGUUCAACGGCGGAUGCAACAAUGGGAGAGUGAAGGGUACGAUGUUCGUGGAUUCACCGUUGGGGAUUCCGAGGGCCCCUCCACCACGGCGACUCUAGGUGGUCUCAGCCGACCCCUAUAUCCCGACCCAUAUGACCUCCAUGAAAUUUCGAAAAGCCAACCGCUUGUCGUCAACUUCCCAGAUAGAGCCAAGUGGGAGUCUUACAUUAGGGAACUCCAAGAAGAAAAGCUUCGCGCCCUUGGGGUGUCAUUCGGUGACGAUGAACCUGAACAGUCAAUUUCACCCGAUUACUCGCUCAAUCCCAGCGGCACCCCUUUCCCAGGCCUUAUCGCUUCCCCGCCGAUUCCUACUGCGUCUGCAGCAAGUAAUCCUCUAGGCCAUAUUCACCCAUUCUCGCCUCACUUUAAUCAACCAUCGAUGCCUACGCCUGGUGCUAUGGGCUCCAUGGCAUCACCUGCUUCGCAAUUCGGUAUGCAGACGCCAUUUAUGGGUGCGGAUCAAACUAUGAUGGGCGGAUUCCCUUUCCAAUUCCAGCCCACGCCUCCUACCCAGGGAUCUAUGACGCCCCAAGGCUUCUUAAACCCCCGACAAGCAACUUCUUCGGCUGGUCCAGGGGCGAUGGGGAACUUUUCCUCCAUGCUUUCACCAGUGUCCCCACUACAUGACCAAGGUUCAUUCCACGCAGGAUUUAAUGAUAAAGGCGUCUUCGAUGAUCAAUAUAGCCAUGGGAUGCACCAGGAGAACUUGCCAUAUCAAGCUCCCCAGACUCCGGUCAACGGACACCCAGAUCAUUUCCACGCAUCGAACGUCGAGCUUGCCCAGCCUACACCUCGAGGCCACGGUCACAAUCUGAGCGAAAACCUGCAAAGAGGACUGGACCAGAUGACGCAUACCGAUUAUCAUCUGGAAGACUCGAUCGACCGACAAUUGGAGGAUGAUUACCGUGAUGUCAAUCAUACAGGCCUGCUGAAGCCACGCUGGGGAUUGCCAGAAAAUGAUCACCACGCACAGAACCCUGCCCAUCCCCUACCUCAUUCCUUUGCCCAGCACCAGCUCCCUCACCAAUUCUACGGAGACCAAUAUCAACAACACAAUGGCCAGGAUGCUUCCGAUCUCGACACGAAUCCCAGUGUUGCAGGUACACCGCAGACUCGCCAAGGGCCGUGGCACGACCCCCAGCCUAGCGGUCACUCCUACCAUGCAGGCCAUAAGUCGCAGCUCUCGAUUUCAUCACUCAACGUCGCAGCCAAGGAAUUCGACCCUACUGGGUCAUUCAAUUCCCAGCCCGUGCCGUUCGGUAAUGACCCAUUCCAGUUUGGUGGCAGGGGCGAGCAAGGAUUCGGAUUUGCCCCGCCUCCCGCGUUCACGCCUGGUAGCAGCAUUAAUGGCCCAAUGGAUCCCAAUCAGAACCAUAAUGCCAGCAGCAGUGGCGCAUUCAAGUUUUCCGCCGCUUCGUUCAAUGUAGACGCACCUGUUUUCAACCCCAACUCCUCUGUCAGCCUCAACUCCAAUGGCAGCUCCGAGAAGCCUCUGGCCAGUCACACCAAGAUCUUUGGCGACAUUGACAUCAGCGAGAUACAUACCCCUGACAAAAAGUCCAAAGCUAUUCCUAUUGUGCGUCCCGAUGAGAUUGAACAUGAGAACAAAUACAAAGACCAAGUCGUUGAAGACGCCACCAAUGGUCGAUCUGUGCCCACGGACCGCCACAAGCGUGCGCGUCGCGGUGUUGGCCACGCCGAAGGCGAGGCUAGAUUUAGUAUCUCGACUAACCCUCUGGGCGAGGCGGGCAACGUUCAAGCUUCUUCAAGUGCGCUUCAUGCAGUCGCUGAGGGCAAGGAGAAUGCCAUGCCCAAAGAGAACAAAUCAGUUGAGCGAAUAGGUACUCCUGUUAGCGAAGCUGACACUUGGACCCUGUUCGAUGCGAAGCGUGAGGCUGAGAACGGCUCUCAAAGUGGAUCACCAGUCCGGGCGGAGGCCUCCAAAGACGUUAUUAUCGAAGAACGUGAACCAAAGGAACCUGCCGCAGGAGAUAAUACGUCUGUCACUGUCUCAAAGAGUGUCGAACAUGCUCCUCACACAUCCAAGAGCUCGCUCAAGAGCACUACGCUGUCGGCUAAUGCUCGGCCUUUCGAGUUCAAACCUGCUGUUUCAGAGUUUGUUCCCACAACCGUUCAGCCAUCUAGCUUUGCCGAGCCAAAACCUAAGGUUAUUGAAGAGCCCAUCAAAACCCCUGUCAAGAGUCCCGCUACAAAUCAACCCAUGCAAGCUGGACUCAUGGCUUCUCGCUUCGCUGCCACAAGCCCACCCAAGAACACAACCUUGCUAGAUCACCGUGCUGAGCCUGAAGCCAACACUUCAACCCGCGUGGAACCAGCAUUCAUCACUCGUAAGCCUGGGCACUACGACAGCCCAUGGGACUCCGAGGACGACUCGCCUGACGAUGAGGAGCUGAAUGCAGUCAUGCAACAGCUAAACGAUGACGACGCAGAUGUCGGCAUCGAGCGUCAAGCAACUCCUUACAACACGAUCCACGCAACUCCCUUCCAACCGCGACACGACCACCUCACCGAGUCUAUGGGUGGUCCUACGAAGGAACAACGGUUUGGUUCUGCGGAGGCCCGAAGCGAAGCCCCCAGUCCGAGUCCCGGUGGAGUUCCUAAGACCUACAAGCUCAGCAUUCCCAGGCUUGGGUCGGACAUCGACGCCAAUAGCAAUGCUACCUUCUCUCCGCAAAAGAGCCUUAUCUCCCGUCUUCAGUCCCCUGUUCGUCACCUCGUUACUGAAAAUGACCAUGUCAGUGACUGGGAUGACAUGAUCUCCGCUGGUGAAGAUGAGAAGUUCAUGAACCGUAACCGCUUCUUCGACCGUCGCAUCAACGAUCUUGUCGGCUCCGCUAUCGAUGAGCGCUUGGGCCCGAUGGAACGUGCCUUGGCUGUUAUCCAGCAGUCGGUGGCCUCUAUUGCCACUGACACUGCAAGCAGAAAGGUCUUCCGCAGCACCUCCGCUGAAAUGGAAGACAGUGACGCCGAUGAUGAGGAUGACGAUGAGGGCGAGGAAGGUUUGGUUCGUGAGCGCUCGCCCCACAACAUGAGGGAACGUAAGCUAGAGAUGCUCAAGAAUGUGGUCAUGGAAGCCUUGGUUACUCACGACAUUCCUCAACGUGUUUCCCCGCACUCCAGCCACAGCGAGAUGUCGCAACUCAAGGAAAGCAUUGCUGAACUGCAAGCUCUCACGAUCAAAAAGCUCGCUCAGGACCCUGUUGGUGAUAUGCGUGAGAUUAUCGAGGAAGCCAUGGCCAAGCAAUUGGCUCAGCAGGUUGCCUUGCAGAAGCCCCCGAGCCCACGCCUGUCAGAAGCCGAGGAGAUUGGUGCUGACAGCCUUAUGCUCCAGAUUGAUGGCCUGAAAAGUAUGUUGCGAGUCGCUGAUGAGCGUGCUGAGCAGGAGUACAAGGAUCGCCGCGAUGCACAAGAUGCUAUCUCUGAACUCCAGCGACUGUUGAAAUUUGCCGAGGAAGAUGCUGCUCGUCACAGUGCUGCUGCAGAAGACGCCGAAUCUCGUCUUCUCCAGUUCAAGGAAGAGAAGAUCCCCUACUUUGAGAAGAUGCAGUUCCGCACCGAGUCUCUUUCGGAAGAGAGCGAGACUCUCAAGGUUACUAUUGCCGAGCUGUCCACGAAGAACAUCGCGCUUGAAGGUACCCUCGACGAGUAUCGUCUUUCUAGCGACAACUUCCGCCGUCAGCUGGAGACCACCAAGGGCGAGAACAAGUCUCUUCAUGAGACUAUUGAUCACCUGAGAACUCGCAUCGAGGACAGCAUGAUCUCUCGCCAAAACCUCACUGAAAAGUUUGAUCGUCUUCAAGACGACAUGCUGAGUGUCACUGCUGAUAUUACUCGCGAUCAAGCUGCCUGGCGCAGAAAGGAGGAGGAGCAAUCUGCUAGGUACAAUGAGCUGCGCGCGUCGCAUUCUCGUGAGCUCCAAUUGCGCGAGAAGCUCGAGGAGGAUGUCCGCGAGUUCGAAAAGAAUGAGCGGGAGACCACGAAGCUGAGGUUUAUCCAGGAGCAGUCUCAGCGAGAGAACGCUAGACUGGAGGAGCUGAUCACCAGCCUCCGGGCGGAGAACCAUGACCUGCAAAUCAAGGCUGCUCGGUUCGAGCGGGAAUUCAUUGAAGCCCGUGAGAGCAGCCGUGCUGAGAUCCAGCGCACUCGCUCCUCGAUGGAGGCAGACCUUGAGGCUUCCAACAGCCAGGUCAACAUUGUGCGUGCCGAGCUGGAGGCCCAGAUCAUUUGUCUAGAGAGUCAACUUGAUAACAACCGCAUGGACACCGAUACCACUCGCGAGCGCUACGAGCUUCUCCUCGAGGAGGCCAGGGACUCGAAGACAGCUGCCCUAGCUGCUAAGGAUCUUGCUAUCGAUGAGAACCGCAAGAUGCAUGAGCGCGUUCUCAAUGACUUGCGUGAACGUCACGCUCGCGCUUUGCAUAACUCUUCAGAGGAUCGUGCACGCGGUGAGAGUCACAAUAUGGAGCGCAUGGCUUUGUCCGAGGACAAGGCUAAGCAUCUGCAAGAGCGUGUAAACCUCCUUGAAGAAAAGCUUGAGAUCGCUCAGGCUGCUGCCCGUGCUGCUGCUGAGGCAGCCCACAGCGCCAAGGCAAGUCCCAGCUCAGUCCCAGCUGCCGCAUCCUCACACUCGCGUGCGACACCGUCCAUGUCCUACCACAAGGGCUCCGAAGAGCCUGAACGGAUAUCUCCUCAAGCGCUCCGCGAGUCAAUAUUUGUCCUCCAGGACCAGCUCCAGCAGCGCGAAACACGCAUCGAAGAGCUCGAACAAGAAGUCUCCACGAUAGAUAAAGAUGCACCAAACAAGAUCAAGGAGAAGGAUACCGAAAUCACCUGGCUCCGUGAGCUCCUGGGCGUCCGUAUCGACGACCUGCAAGACAUAAUCCAGACUGUGUCCAAGCCUUCAUUCAACCAGCAAGCCGUGCGUGACGCAGCCAUUCGUCUCAAAGCCAACCUCCAAAUGCAGCUGCAAGAAAAGGAACGCCUAACAACCGGUCAUCUCCCCUCCCUCGCCGACCUUGCCGCCUCCCCCCGCUCCCUUCCCCUAGCCGCAGCCGCCGCCUGGGGAAAUUGGCGAAAGGGCCGCGAAUCCGCCGCAAACUCCGACCAGACCCCGUCAAAACCCAGCAACGCGAGUACCUUCCUGUCAGGCCUCCUCACACCCCCGAGCUCCCACGCCAGGGAGCAUGGUACUGGUCAGCAGAUUAGUGCCGCUGCGCGGUUUGCACAAACUCGCCCCUUGAGAGGCCCAAGACGUGGCUCGGUUCGCAGCCAGGCACCUGUCACAGAACCGCCUCAAACGCCGCCUCUUCUCCGCCGCUCGAGCUAUGACCAUGAUGCCGAGCCGGCGAAUUACGAAGACGGGAGCUUUGCGGAUGAGAACGAGAGUACCGUUGAUGGGAUGGUUUCAGCUUCGCCAAAAGAGAGGGACGAUCAGGGUCCAUUUGGGCCUCAGAUUGACGUGGCCGAAGCCGAAGGAAGUGAUAUCCUGGCCGACGAUGACGUCUCCUCUUCUGAUGAACCCUCCACUGAGGAGGAAUGA